ACAGAUUCCACCGGAACUUUUUCCAAAUCAGUACGUUCGAGGUGUCACGGUGGCAGUGGCCAUCGCACGGCGGAGCUCUACCGCACCGAAAACCCAGUUCUCCAAUACCAUCUUCUCUCUCUCUCUCUCUUCAGGCUCGCGGUUCUGUUUUUCUUUUUCGAUUUCGAUGUGGCAGGUUCUACUGGCGGCGGCGGCGGCCGGAUCCACCGGACUAGUCGCAAAGCACAUUUGGAGCUCCGGUGCUAACCCUAACGACACUUCAGUUACAGAAAAGUCGAAGGAGUGUGAUGAGAGUUGCGGAGAUCAAGAGGAACCUGAUGACAUUUUGAAGUUCGAGGCUCCGAUCGAUACUAAAUUGGAGUCCCCGAUGGUCUCGAAUGGUCUGAAUGCGACUGCAAAUGAGGGGAUUUUUAGGUUUUCGAGUUCGGGUUCUCGUGGGGCGACGAGCUCUCGACUUGGAUCGAAGAAUUUGCGGAAGAAAACAAGGAGUCGGUGGCGUGGGGCGGGAAAAGAAGCUGGGGGUAAAAAUUUUGAAGCGGGGAAUUGUGCCAGAGAAUUGGUGAUGGAGCAAAAAAGGAGUUCGGGGAGGUUUUCUAUUUGUUUGAAGAAGAGGAGAACUAACAAGAAUUUGGGUUCUGCCAAGAGCCAAUCCUCCUGCUCUUCCAGUGAUGGCUCUUUAUUUCAUUGGGGACUUGGUGUUGGGAUUAUGUACAUGAUGUCAGCGGGAAAAGCAGAAAUAAAUAAGCUGAAUGUAACUGUGGACGAGACUGCAAAAGUUGUUCAAGAAUUAAAAUCAGAACUUUACAAGAGAAAAUAUUCGCGUCAUGUGCAGGAUGGCAAAGCUAGAGAAAACUCUGACAUAAGUGGCUGCAAUAAAACUCAACUUGAAAUUGACCGAUCGAGUGCAGAGUUCAGGCGAUCAAGCGAGGUUAGACAUCACACACUUUCUAUGUUUGAUGAUGGGGAAUGUGAAAGCAGUGUCCUCACUGAAGAGCCAGACCUAGAGAUGCAUGAAUUGGAUCAACUCGAAGCAGAGCUCGCUACUGAAUUGAAAAAAAUACCAUGGUGUACAGCAGAAUAUUCUUACCAAGCGGGAAGUGUAACAAACCUGGAUAAGCUUCCCUGCCAAGCAUCGCAGGCCAAGGUUUCAUCUAUUGAAUUACAUGGUCCAGAAAACUCGGAAUCUCAUAAGCAUCUAUCACAUGGAGUAGUUCCGGCCGAACUAGAUCAGAAACUGUGCCAUUUGCUUAUUGAACAGCAGGAGAAUCAAAUUGUGGAGUUGGAAUCUGAACUGCAAGUUGCUCAAUCCAAGCUUAAUGAGAAAGAAUCCGAACUUCAAGCCUUGAAGGACUGCGUCAGACGCCUUACCGAGUUCUCUCUUUCGACCGUCUCAGAUGAUGAAGCUGAAGAACAUACUGAGAAGAAGCAGAACCAGAUGGGCUGUGAGGCAAUGAGAUCAGUAGUAGUGGGGAUGAAAAGACCCAUUGAAUCUGAAUUCAUGGGUUGUGGUGUAUGAUGAUAGAAUCAUAGAAAAGCUGACAUAAAAUAAGUUAGAAAGCCUGMCAGAUCUUUAACUUGCUUCCAUAACUGGCUCAAUCACGCAUGAAAAUGUAGAAUCUCUCACAAAACUGCUUCUGUGAAUCUGUGAUUGAAUAUAUUAUGUAAUAUUAUAUUUAAACA